AUGCCCGUGGUGAAGUCGACGAGAGUUCAACUAUUUGAAGCUUGGAUUACGGUAGACCACGAUCGACUCCCCGAGUACGCUCCUGAAUACGACCCAGAUACCAACACUUGGACUUGUUGGGUGUCAUCGGAAGUGGACAAGCAUUUCGUUGUACACUGGCGGAACUUCGGUAGACCGUUUACCUCUGGCGCUUUUGUAUAUGUGGACGGCGAAUUCGCGGACGGUAAACUUCUUAUGAGACAUAACCCGUCACAAACGACAUUUGUGAAUGGCAAGCGUACUACAAGUGCAACAGUUGCAAGGUUCUAUUUCCAACCUAUUGUGUUAACAGACGAAGAGAACCCUUUCGUACUCGAAGAUAACACCACCGUAAAUGCUCUUGGGGAGAUCAAGUUAGUCAUUCAGAAGGGAAAGAAUACCGGGGCUAUAUCAUACGAGCAUGGAGCUGUAAGAGAGGCGAAGGCGGUGAAUGAACGCACGAAGAAAGCAGGCGGACAUCGUGUCCAAUACGCAGACGAAGUGGCCGACAUGGACGCUAUAGGUGCAAGUUUCGAACCCGAUUCUACUGUGAUGCCCCUCACUUUCAUCUUCAAGUAUCGAUCCAAAGAACGAGGAGAAGCUGUUGGCGGCGUAGAUUUGAACGCCCGGUCAUUAAGAUCACGACAUGCAAUGAAAGAGGAGUCUAAUGUCAAAGAAGAGCUGGGCCUGAAAGAAGAGCCUGGAGAGACCUCUCUAGACGCUUCCGCCAGCACUUCCCGUCCACGAACACGUUCGAGGACGAGACUGCAGAACGAAGAAGAAGAACUUGCAUGA